AUGACAAGAGAAAUCAAAAAGCCUUGGAUAGAAACCCCCCUGGUAAGAUCGACUAAUUUGUCCAAAGCUGCUGGCUGUAAUGUAUUUCUGAAAUUAGAAAAUACGCAGCCCUCCGGGUCCUUUAAAUCGAGAGGAAUUGGCCACUACAUGGUCGACAAGUUGACCACUCUUCGCCAACAGCGAAAUGACCCAUCCGUGAAAGCCCACUUCUACAGCUCUUCAGGGGCCAAUGCCGGGCUGGCGUGCAUUUACGGUGCAAAUGUAUUCGAAUGCCGAACGACUAUCGUCACUCCUCUGUCGACGUCAGCAUUUUUGGUCGCAAAGUUAAAGCAGGCUGGAGCUGUGGAGGUCAUCCAGUAUGGAAACACAUGGCCUGAAGCGGAUGAGUAUCUAAGAAACACAGUCAUGAUGAGACCCGGAACUACCGACGAGGCACGAAUAUAUGUCCCGCCGUUUGAUGCACCGGAGAUUUGGCAAGGCAACGCUGGGAUUAUGCACGAAAUUGUCAGGCAACUGGGCGAAGCGAUAAGCCAUUACUCCAUGAACACAGCAACAACAACAACAACAACAACAACAACCAACGGAAAAACGGCCGCAGAGCAUGCACCGAACAUUGAUGCUGUAGUGUGCAGUGUGGGUGGUGGGAGUUUGUUCUGCGGGUUAAUGCAGGCGAUCGAGGAGUUGCAGAUGAAGGACCGCACGCAAGUGAUUACUGUAGAGGCGGAUGGAGUUGACUCGUUGGCACAGUCUGUAGCGAAGAGGGAACGCAUCACUUUGUCGAGAAUUGGGAGCUUAGCCACCAGUUUGGGAGCGAGGAGAGUUGCACAGAGAGCAUUCGAGUAUGGCUUGGAGAAGCACGUCAGGACAGUUGUUCUGUCUGACGCCGAGGCCAUACGAGCAUGUCGACGGUUUGCGGACGAAGAGCAUUAUCUGGUAGAACUGGCUUGUUCUGUCUGUCCUGCCUUGUGUUACAAUGGAAAAUUGGCAGAGCUGAUCCCUGGGUUUAAUGAGAAUACUAUGGUGGUGAUUGUCGUUUGUGGUGGAAGCAACAUAUCAUUUGAGAUGAUGGGAAAAUAUUUGGCCACCCUAGGCUGA